GAUUUCUGUGCAGCAGCAAUUUGGGAACUGCCAUUUCUGUUUUACAGUUCUGACCAGCUGCCAGCCCACAAGCCACACAACUGGUGUCACAAGAGAGUCAUCUGCUGAGUCAUCCUCAGUAAAGUACAGCCAUGGCCUCUGGAGAUGCAGAGAUGGCUAUUUUUGGGGAGGCGGCUCCUUACCUCCGAAAAUCGGAAAAAGAGAGAAUUGCAGCCCAGAACAAACCUUUUGAUGCCAAAUCAUCUGUCUUUGUGGUUCAUCCCAAAGAAUCUUUUGUGAAAGGGACAAUCACGAGCAGAGAAUCAGGCAAGGUCACUGUCAAGACUGAAGGGGGAGAGACCCUGACGGUGAAAGAAGAUCAAAUCUUCUCCAUGAACCCUCCCAAGUAUGACAAAAUCGAGGACAUGGCCAUGAUGACCCACCUCCACGAACCCGCUGUGCUGUACAACCUCAAAGAGCGUUACGCAGCCUGGAUGAUCUACACCUACUCGGGUCUCUUCUGCGUCACUGUCAACCCCUACAAGUGGCUGCCGGUGUACAACCCCGAGGUGGUGUUGGCCUACCGAGGCAAGAAGCGCCAGGAGGCCCCUCCACACAUCUUCUCCAUCUCUGACAACGCCUAUCAGUUCAUGCUGACUGAUCGGGAGAACCAGUCCAUCCUGAUCACCGGAGAAUCCGGGGCCGGGAAGACUGUGAACACAAAGCGUGUCAUCCAGUACUUUGCAACAAUUGCAGCCAGCGGGGACAAGAAGAAGGAGGAGAAGUCAUCAGGCAAAAUGCAGGGAACGCUUGAGGAUCAAAUCAUCAGCGCCAACCCACUGCUGGAGGCCUUUGGAAACGCCAAGACCGUGAGGAACGACAACUCCUCACGCUUUGGCAAAUUCAUCAGAAUCCACUUUGGGGCCACAGGCAAACUGGCUUCUGCUGACAUUGAAACUUACCUGCUGGAGAAGUCCAGAGUCACUUUCCAGCUCAAGGCGGAAAGGAGCUACCACAUCUUUUAUCAGAUCAUGUCCAACAAGAAGCCAGAGCUAAUUGAAAUGCUCCUCAUUACCACCAACCCAUUUGACUUCCCUUUCGUGAGUCAAGGUGAGAUCACUGUUCCCAGCAUUGAUGACAAGGAGGAGUUGAUGGCGACAGAUAGUGCCAUUGACAUCCUGGGCUUCACUGCAGACGAGAAAACAGCCAUCUACAAGUUGACAGGGGCUGUCAUGCACUAUGGGAACCUGAAGUUCAAGCAGAAACCAAGAGAGGAGCAGGCAGAGCCUGAAGGCACAGAAGUUGCUGACAAGGCUGCCUACCUGAUGGGUUUGAACUCAGCUGACAUGCUCAAGGCCCUCUGCUACCCCCGAGUGAAGGUGGGGAAUGAAUAUGUGACCAAGGGCCAAACAGCACAGCAGGUUCACAAUGCUGUGGGUGCCCUGGCAAAGGCACUCUAUGAGAGAAUGUUCCUGUGGAUGGUUGUUCGUAUCAACGAGCAGCUGGACACGAAGCAGCCCAGGCAGUACUUCAUUGGUGUCCUGGACAUUGCUGGCUUUGAGAUCUUUGAUUUUAACAGCUUUGAGCAGCUGUGCAUCAACUUCACCAAUGAGAAACUGCAACAGUUCUUCAACCACCACAUGUUCGUGCUGGAGCAGGAGGAGUACAAGAAGGAGGGGAUUGAAUGGACAUUCAUUGAUUUUGGGAUGGACCUGGCUGCCUGCAUUGAGCUUAUUGAGAAGCCCAUGGGCAUCUUCUCCAUCCUGGAAGAGGAGUGCAUGUUCCCCAAGGCAACUGACACCUCUUUCAAGAACAAGCUCUAUGACCAGCACCUGGGCAAGUCCAGCAACUUCCAGAAGCCCAAACCUACCAAAGGGAAGGUUGAGGCUCACUUCUCCCUGGUGCACUACGCUGGGACAGUGGAUUACAACAUCACUGGCUGGCUGGAGAAGAACAAGGACCCUCUGAAUGAAACUGUCAUUGGGCUGUACCAGAAAUCAUCUGUGAAGACCCUGGCUUUACUCUUUGCCAACUAUGGUGGAGCAGAUGCAGCUGAGGCAAGUGGUGGUGGUGGCAAGAAAGGUGCCAAGAAGAAGGGUUCUUCCUUCCAGACUGUCUCAGCUCUUUUUCGGGAGAAUUUAAACAAGCUGAUGACAAACCUGAGGAGCACCCACCCCCAUUUUGUACGGUGCAUCAUUCCAAAUGAAACUAAAACACCUGGUAAGAGACUUACAUAUAUAUUGAAGCUUUUCCAGUGUGGUGCAGCUCUUCUCCACCGUGUUACAGAACAUGGCAUGUAUUUGUGCUCUGUGUUGCCAGGUGCCAUGGAGCACGAGCUGGUGCUGCACCAGCUGCGCUGUAACGGCGUGCUGGAAGGGAUCAGGAUUUGCAGGAAAGGAUUUCCCAACAGAGUCCUGUAUGCAGAUUUUAAACAAAGAUACAAAGUAUUAAAUGCCAGUGCUAUCCCAGAGGGACAGUUCAUUGACAGCAAGAAGGCUUGUGAGAAACUACUUGGAUCAAUUGAUAUAGACCAUACUCAAUACAAAUUUGGUCACACUAAGGUAUUCUUCAAAGCUGGGCUGGUGGGCCUCUUGGAAGAGAUGAGGGAUGAGAAGCUGGCACAGCUCAUCACUCGCACCCAGGCCAGGUGCAGGGGCUUCCUGAUGAGGGUGGAGUACCAGAGAAUGGUGGAGAGGAGGGAAUCCAUUUUCUGCAUCCAGUACAACAUUCGUGCAUUCAUGAAUGUCAAACACUGGCCAUGGAUGAAGCUGUUCUUCAAGAUCAAGCCCUUGCUGAAGAGUGCUGAGUCUGAGAAGGAGAUGGCCAACAUGAAACAGGAGUUCGAGAAAACCAAGGAGGAGCUUGCAAAGUCUGAAGCAAAGAGGAAGGAGCUGGAGGAGAAAAUGGUGAAACUGGUGCAGGAGAAAAAUGACCUGCAGCUUCAGGUUCAGUCUGAAGCUGAUGCUUUGGCUGAUGCUGAGGAAAGGUGUGACCAGCUCAUCAAAACCAAAAUCCAACUCGAAGCCAAAGUUAAGGAGGUGACUGAAAGGGCUGAGGAUGAAGAGGAAAUUAAUGCUGAGCUGACAGCCAAGAAGAGGAAACUGGAGGAUGAAUGUUCAGAGCUGAAGAAAGAUAUUGAUGACCUUGAGCUAACACUGGCCAAAGUGGAGAAGGAAAAACAUGCCACCGAAAACAAGGUGAAAAACCUGACUGAGGAGAUGGCAGCCCUGGACGAGACCAUUGUGAAGCUGACAAAAGAGAAGAAAGCCCUCCAAGAGGCCCAUCAGCAGACCCUGGAUGACCUGCAGGCAGAGGAGGACAAAGUCAAUACUCUGACCAAAGCCAAGAUCAAGCUGGAACAGCAAGUGGAUGAUCUGGAAGGGUCCCUGGAGCAAGAGAAGAAACUGCGCAUGGACCUGGAGAGAGCUAAGAGGAAACUGGAAGGAGACCUGAAGCUGGCCCAGGACAGCAUCAUGGAUUUGGAGAAUGAUAAGCAGCAGCUGGAUGAGAAACUGAAGAAGAAAGACUUUGAAAUCAGCCAGAUCCAGAGCAAAAUUGAGGAUGAACAACUUCUAGGCAUGCAAUUUCAGAAGAAGAUCAAGGAGCUGCAGGCCCGUAUUGAGGAGCUGGAGGAGGAAAUUGAGGCAGAGCGAACCUCUCGCGCUAAAGCAGAGAAGCAUCGGGCUGACCUGUCCAGGGAGCUGGAGGCGAUCAGUGAGCGCCUGGAAGAAGCAGGAGGUGCCACAGCAGCUCAGAUCGAGAUGAACAAGAAGCGUGAGGCAGAAUUCCAGAAGAUGCGCCGUGACCUGGAAGAGGCCACGCUGCAGCACGAAGCCACGGCUGCCGCCCUGCGCAAGAAGCACGCGGACAGCACAGCUGAGCUGGGGGAGCAGAUCGACAACCUGCAACGCGUGAAGCAGAAGCUGGAGAAGGAGAAGAGUGAGAUGAAGAUGGAGAUUGAUGACUUGGCCAGUAACAUAGAGUCUGUGUCUAAAGCCAAGGCAAAUCUGGAGAAGAUGUGCCGCACUCUGGAAGACCAGCUGAGUGAAUAUAAAACAAAGGAGGAGCAGAAUCAGCGCAUGAUUAGUGAUCUUAGUGCUCAAAGAGCUCGUCUGCAGACGGAAUCUGGUGAAUAUGGACGCCAGGUGGAGGAAAAAGAUGCUUUAAUUUCUCAGCUGUCUAGAGGGAAACAGGCUUUUACCCAGCAGAUUGAAGAACUGAAGCGGCAACUAGAAGAAGAGAUAAAGGCCAAGAACGCCCUGGCCCACGCCCUGCAGUCUGCUCGCCACGACUGUGACUUGCUCCGGGAACAAUAUGAGGAGGAGCAGGAGGCCAAGGGGGAGCUGCAGCGAGCCCUGUCCAAGGCCAACAGUGAAGUGGCCCAGUGGAGAACCAAAUACGAGACGGACGCGAUUCAGCGCACGGAGGAGCUCGAGGAGGCCAAGAAGAAGCUGGCCCAACGUCUGCAGGAUGCAGAGGAACAUGUUGAAGCUGUCAAUGCCAAAUGUGCCUCCCUGGAAAAGACAAAGCAGAGGCUGCAGAAUGAAGUGGAAGACCUGAUGAUUGAUGUGGAGAGAUCCAAUGCUGCCUGCGCUGCUCUGGAUAAGAAGCAGAAGAACUUUGACAAGAUCCUGGCAGAAUGGAAGCAGAAGUAUGAGGAAACGCAGGCUGAGCUGGAGGCCUCCCAGAAGGAGUCGCGCUCUCUCAGCACGGAGCUGUUCAAGAUGAAGAAUGCCUAUGAGGAGUCCUUGGACCACCUGGAGACAAUGAAGCGGGAGAACAAGAACUUGCAGCAGGAGAUUUCCGACCUCACAGAGCAGAUUGCCGAGCAAGGAAAGGCAAUUCAUGAGCUGGAGAAAGUCAAGAAGCAGAUUGAGCAGGAGAAAUCUGAAAUCCAGGCUGCUCUGGAAGAAGCUGAGGCCUCCCUGGAACAUGAAGAGGGGAAGAUCCUGCGCCUGCAGCUUGAGCUCAACCAGGUGAAGGCUGAGAUUGACAGGAAGGUAGCAGAGAAGGAUGAGGAGAUUGACCAGCUGAAGAGAAACCACCUCAGAAUUGUGGAGUCCUUGCAGAGCAGCUUGGAUGCUGAGAUCAGGAGCAGGAAUGAAGCCCUGAGGCUGAAGAAGAAGAUGGAGGGAGACCUGAAUGAAAUGGAGAUCCAGCUGAGCCACGCCAACCGUGUGGCUGCAGAGGCACAGAAGAACCUGAGAAACACCCAGGCAGUGCUCAAGGACACCCAGAUUCAUCUGGAUGAUGCUCUCAGGACACAGGAUGACCUGAAGGAGCAGGUGGCCAUGGUGGAGCGCAGAGCAAACCUGCUGCAGGCUGAAAUUGAGGAGCUCCGGGCAGCCCUGGAGCAGACAGAGCGGUCAAGGAAACUGGCUGAGCAGGAGCUUCUGGAUGCCACUGAACGUGUGCAGCUCCUCCAUACCCAGAACACCAGUUUGAUUAACACCAAGAAGAAGCUGGAAACAGACAUUUCACAGAUCCAGGGAGAAAUGGAGGAUAUGGUCCAGGAAGCCCGCAAUGCUGAGGAGAAGGCCAAGAAGGCCAUCACAGAUGCGGCCAUGAUGGCAGAAGAGCUGAAGAAGGAGCAGGACACCAGUGCCCACCUGGAGAGGAUGAAGAAGAACCUGGACCAGACAGUGAAGGACCUGCAGCUUCGUCUGGAAGAGGCCGAGCAGCUGGCACUGAAGGGAGGGAAGAAGCAGAUCCAGAAGCUGGAGGCCAGGGUGCGGGAGCUGGAAGGGGAGGUUGAUGCUGAGCAGAAGCGCAGCGCUGAAGCCGUGAAGGGUGUGCGCAAGUACGAGCGGAGGGUGAAGGAACUGACCUACCAGUCCGAGGAAGAUAGGAAGAAUAUUCUCAGGCUGCAGGAUCUGGUGGACAAGCUGCAAAUGAAAGUGAAAUCCUACAAGAGACAAUCUGAGGAGGCUGAGCAGCUGUCCAAUGUCAACCUGUCCAAGUUCCGCAAGAUCCAGCACGAGCUGGAGGAAGCCGAGGAGCGGGCUGACAUUGCAGAGUCACAGGUCAACAAGCUCCGAGCCAAGAGCCGCGAGUUCCACAGGAGGAUAGAAGAGGAAGAGUGAGAAUGUCCCAAGGCAACAAAGUGACCUGAGGGCCUGCACAAAAUGUGAACCUCUAGGUCACUUUCCUUCUGCCAUGAGUCUUUGUACCCACCUCAGUGUCUAGUGAAUAAAGGUUGUAGUAGAUUCCUCUGCAUGCACACUAU